UCAAACCAACCGUGCAAUAAUGAAGCUACUUUCAAUUAUUUCCUUUGCUUUGGUGGCCUCGGUUGCCCUGGGCGUAAGUGUGCAAAUACCGACCAACCGUUCCCUGCAGGACGAUUUCGACGAAUUCGUUGCGUUGCUACCGACAGAGGAAAUCAUCAACGUUGCCCUCCGCUAUGUCCUUGUGGACAAGGAGGUCCAAGCGGCUGUCCAGUACAUCACGGGGCCCGAAUUUUCAACCAUUUGGGAUCAGGUAUUUGCCCUCAAGGAAAUACGUGAUAUCCUUGACUACCUGGAGGAAGCGGGCGUUCAUGUGUAUGAUGCGCUGAACGAUUUGGCCAAUCUGAUUGGAGUUAAGCCGAUUAAACCGUCCACGGUGGAAGCUCGUUCAUCCGUCAGUAUCCGUGGUCUGAAUGGUAUGAUCGAAGAGGUUCUAAGCUUGCUACCCAAGGAAGAACUUCUGGCGCUGUUUGAACAAAAACUGACCAACAGUGCAGACUUUAAAGCUUUUUUCGACAAACUAAGAAGCACGGAUAUCCAGAAGCUGGUAGAGCUUUUCAAUAGUUCUGCUGAGCUACAGUCACUGUUUCGAAAGCUGCGUGAAUACGGUGUCGAUGUCGAUGAAUUUCUAGAGCUGGUGAAGGGAUUCUUCGACUGGGGAUACUAG